AGCGUCAAAAAGCGAAGCGUAGAAGAGUCGUUUAUUUCUCGCCGUUCUUUGGUUCGUUUGCUACCCACGCUCGCAUGCUUCGCGCAGUUCGGGCAGGUCAUCCGCUGCUUUUAAAACGGGAUGGAAUACCAGCGCCGCACAUAUCAUGCAUAAACUGGCUUGAAAGUUCACAGUAAGCUCUAGCUUUGUAGCAAUGGCUGCAAUUCCGACAGAGAACACCAAGCAGCUCGACUGCAAGCAGGGUGCAGUCCGCGUCGUCCGCUUCAACGCAGACGGCAACUACUGCCUAACCGGUGGCAACGACCGGACUGUCAAACUAUGGAACCCAUUCCGCGGUGUCCAACUCCAGAGCUACAUGGGCCACGGAGGCGACGUCAUGGACGUGCGGGGCUCAUGCGACAACGCCUCGAUUGCGUCCGUCAGCGGGGACAAGUCCGUCAUCCUCUGGGACGUAACCACAGCCAAAAGCGUCCGCAAGUGGCGCGGCCACGCCGGCUCCGUACAAGCCGUCUGCUUCAACGAGGACUCCUCCGUCGUCAUUUCCGGUUCUGUGGACGGCAGCGUCCUCUGUUGGGACACGCGGAGUCGUACCAGGGACCCCCUGCAGGCCCUCAAGGAAGCCAGGGAUGCUAUAACGAGUGUUCUGGCAACUGAUCACGAAGUGGUGAGUUCGUCCCUGGACGGCUGUCUGCGACGGUACGACCUCCGCUUGGGCCGGAUGGCUCAAGACACUCUUGGGAUUCCUGUGACCAGGGUCCAGCUGACUCGAGAUGGACUCUGUCUUUUGGCCAGCUGCCUGGGCGGCCCAGUCAGGCUUCUGGACAAAGUGACCGGACAGUCCUUGCAGGAGUUUACGGGACACAAGAACGCUCAGUUCUAUCUGGAUUGUGUCCUCAGUCAAGACGAUGCCCACGUGUACUCUGGGUCUGAGGACGGAGCCGUCUGCUGCUGGAAUCUGGUAGAAGGGAAGCUAGUGGAAAGGCUACGACAUCCAACGACGGCGCCCGUGCACUCUCUUUCGCAGCACCCGAGCAAGGCCAUACUUCUAACGGCCACUCGGGGGCUGGUGUACCUCUGGGAAGCUCCCCAACCUGCCGAAACUGCAGACGCGCGACAUAAACCAGAAGGCAGAGGACUGUCGGUGAUGCAACCGUGGUGAGGACACUGUGCAGUGCAAAUAUGCCGUGCCAAACUUUUGCAGUGGCCACCAUGGGACCCGUGUGGACAGUGCAAAAAGUUUAAGCUUGCAUAAUUAGGACAUGAAACAAGUAUUCUUGCAAUUAAAUGCUCAUGGGCUACUUAGUAUAUA